AUGGAGUCGACUCUGCGAAAAAAAUUUUUAAACUUGGAAGAAAAAAUGCUGGUGGUGAAAAAAUUAAAUGAUGGAGUUAGCAUACGAAAAAUUGCUGAAAAAUUUGGUUGCGGAAAUACAGAUGUGCAGCUGAUUGAAGCUGAUCCUACCAUAACCAGCCUUUUGAAUUCUGUUACUUGGGAUAAUUUUGUAACCAUGGAUAACAAUGAUGACUCAAUCCAUAGCCCACAAAGUUCUGAAAAUCAUGAACAAUUUGAAGUCCAAGAUGAUGAAGAGGAAGAAGAGGCUCCAGUCCAAGAAGUUUCUACAAAGAUGGCAUUACAAUGUGCCAGGAAGCUAACUUCCUAUUCGAUACAUAUGGGCAAUAGAGAAUUGUUACAAUUUUUUGAGAACAUUGAAAAUAUUUUAGAAAUUGAAUUGUUAAAAACAAAAUGUUUUGGCAAACAGACAACUAUGAAUGAUUUUCUUCCAUAA